AUGGGAGGAAUUCAGGUUUGUGAAAUUCAGUCUCAGAAUUAUUCAUGUGAAAAUAGUUUUCUGGACACUGAUUCUAAAAUUCUUUCUAAAAAGUUAGGUCUUCAUCCACCCACAACUGGGUUAUCGGGCAAGAACCUGGAGGCACGUAUCGAUGAAAGUCCACCCACAACUGGGUUAUCGGGCAAGAACCUGGAGGCACGUAUCGAUGAAAGUCCCGAUCUGAAUGACCUGGCGGGAGUCAUCAUUGAGAGAGGCCCCAGUGACAGUCCACCCACAACUGAGUUAUCAGGCAAGAACCUGGAGGCACGUAUCAAUGAAAGUCCCGAUCCAAAUGACCUGGCGGGAGUCAUCAUUGAGCGCGGCCCCAGUGAUAGUAUGUUAGAACAACUUUCCAAGUUUGAAGUUGAAGAUGCUGAAAAUGUUGCUUCGUAUGACAGCAAGAUUAAGAAAAUUGUGCGUUCAAUUGUAUCAUCCUUUGCAUUUGGAAUAUUUGGAGUUUUCCUGGUCUUACCGGAUGUCACUCUCCUCCUUGCCGACCUAAUUUUCACUGAUAGCAAACUUUAUAUUCCUUUGGAGUAUCGUUCUAUUUCUCUAGCUAUUGCCUUAUUUUUUCUCAUGGAUGUUCUUCUUCGAGUAUUUGUAGAAAGGAGACAGCAGUAUUUUUCUGACUUAUUUAACAUUUUAGAUACCGCCAUUAUUGUGAUUCCUCUGCUGGUUGAUGUUGUUUACAUUUUUUUUGACAUUAAGUUUCUUAGGAAUAUUCCCAGAUGGACAUAUUUAGUUCGACUUCUACAACUUAUUAUUCUGAUAAGAAUUUUUCGUCUGGUUCAUCAAAAAAGACAACUUGAAAAGCUGAUGAGAAGUCUGGUUUCAGAAAACAAAAGGCGAUACACAAGGGAUGGAUUUGACCUAGACCUCACUUACGUUACAGAACGUAUUAUUGCUAUGUCAUUUCCAUCUUCUGGAAGGCAGUCUUUCUAUAGAAAUCCAAUCGAGGAAGUUGUGCAGUUUCUAGAAAAUAAACAUCCAAACCACUAUCGAGUCUACAAUCUAUGCAGUGAAACAGCUUAUGAUCCUAAGCACUUCCAUAAUAGGGUCAGUAGAAUCAUGAUUGAUGAUCAUAAUGUCCCCACUCUACAUGAGAUGGUGGUUUUCACCAAGAAAUUAAAUGAGUGGAUGGCUCAAGAUCUUGAAAACAUCAUAGCAAUUCACUGUAAAGGAGGCAAAGGAAGAACCAGAACUAUGGUUUGUGCCUUCCUUAUUGCCUCCGAAAUAUUUUUAACUGCAGAGGAAAGCCUGUAUUAUUUUGGAGAAAGGCAAACAGAUAAAACCCACAGGAGUAAAUUUCAGGGACUAGAAACUCCUUCUCAGAAUAGAUAUGUUGGAUAUUUUGCACAAGUGAAACAUCUCUACAACUGCAAUCUCCCUCCAAGACGGAUACUCUUUAUUAAAAGAUUCAUUAUUUAUUCGAUUCGUGGUGUUGGAACAGGCGAUGUAUGUGAUCUAAAAUUCCUAAUAGUAAUGGAGAAGAAGGUUGUCUUUUCCGGUACUUCAUUAGGAAAUUGUUCGAUAUUGCAUGACAUUGAAACAGACAAAGUAUUAAUUGAUGUAUUCGACGGUCCACUUCUGUAUGAUGAUGUGAAAGUGCAGUUUUUCUCUUCGAAUCUUCCUAAAUACUAUGACAAUUGUCCAUUUUUCUUCUGGCUCAACACAGCUUUUAUUCAAAAUAACAGUUCCUCUCUGCAGAGGCACCUGCUGUCACUUGCUCCUCGCGAAUCCUGCUAGAGCUACACUAUGCGUAGACACAUGGCAGCGUGCUCCUCAGCCUCUUCCAUGCCGGCUUUUCCACUGAAUUUACCUUGGCGAUUGUUCUUCAUCAUUACAUAUAGAGCUGCCUCAUUAUCUACAGUAGCUGGGAUGCACAUUUCACAUGUUUAUGCACAUUGACUUCCACAAGGUUGCACUCACAGUAUGUGAGUUUCUAAAAAGGAGAGACCACAUUGGCAGUUCUCUACACAGAAGACAAACUGAGAAGGGAGAGCGGGUGCGAAUUACUCAUCUGUCCACAGAGAUGGUGAGACAGCUCAGUGUGGGAAGCUGUAUAAGGGAAGUAUAUACAAUUCUACCUGAACUGGAAGUAAACAGGGACAUUGCAUUUCUGGUAUUCAGCUGGAGUUGAACACGCUUCACAGAUGAGGCUCACUAUGGCCAAGUCCCAGUGCUGAGGUCCAGGGAGGGGCAGGCUGAGUCAGCCCAUCAAUUCGUCAACAGAGGGAACAGGAGAUGACAGGGGCAGGCCAGCCUGGAACCUAGAGCCUUUGGAUUUCUAUUUUUACUUCUUACAAUGAGGUGGUUUAAAAAAAGAGGAGGGGGCCAGGCGCGGUGGUUCAUGCCUGUAUUCCCAGCACUUUGGGAGGCCGAGUCAGGCGGAUGACAUGAGGUCAGGAGUUUAAGACCAGCCUGGCCAACAUGGCAAAAACCCCGUCUCUACUAUAAGUACAAAAAUUAGCCAGGCGUGGUGGCAGGCACCUGUAAUCCCAGCUACUCAGGAGGCUGAGGCAGGAGAAUUGCUUGAACUCGGGAGGUGGAGGUUGCAGUGAGCCGAGAUCGCACCACUGCACUCCAGCCUGGGCAACAGAGUGAGACUCCAUCUAAAAAAAAAAAAAGAAGAAGAAGAAGAGGUUAGACUUAACUGUUUCCAAGAUUUCAUCCAGUUGUGAAAUCCUGUUAUCUGAACUGCCAGGCCUAGAAGUUCAAUUCGAGAGAUGGAAUGUAGCUUCCUGCAGCCUUUCAAUGAACAAAACAAACAGAAAAGCUACAUUGCGAAGAUGAGUCUGCACUGCAUGUCUUUCUUUCUGCAUCCAGGAACCUGGCUUACCAGUAUAUCACCCCAGCAUUGACACACUGGGAAGGGGUCACAUGUGUGAAUGAUCAACGGUCAGCUCCUGGUCAACGUGUUGGAAGUGAUGGGCUCAUAUACCUGAUUGCUUUGUUGAGCUUGCAUCACAGGACGGGCCAAGAGCUCCCCUUCAAUGCCACUUGCCUAAGACAGUACAUAACUGUAGUGCAUCCUUUGUCUUUUUUUCCAAUUUAUUGGAGGAGGGGGCUCAGGGAAACUCUGUCUCCUCUGUGGCACCUUUACCUAGUAACAGUGGGGCUGAGGGAGGAGGAGGCGGUAAGGGAAUGGGUCACAGAUGUGGAUAAUCAAAGGUCAGCUCCUGGUCAAUAUGAGAAGACUGGUUGCAGAAAAGUUGAGUGCUGAAGACUACAAAGCUGUUUGUAAGUUAUCAAGCUAGGAUUUGAUCCCAGGUCUGCCUGAUUCCAAAUCCUGGACUCUUAACCAUGACAUAGGAGUGCCCUCUUGACUCCUAUGAUGGCAUAAAGAAUUGUAUCAGAACAGGUAAUCUGGCAUUAAAACCCCUGUGCCAC